AAGAUUUGUUAUUGAUACAAAAAUAAUUAUAUUAUAUUUACAUAAUUACAAUUUACUAUAUAAUUCCUAAGUGAUAAGAUUUGUUAUUGAGGUAGGUUAAUGUCAAGUGCUCACCUUUACUUUUAGGUCUAAUGGACCUAUAAUAUUUCUAUCCAAAUAGAAGAUUAAAAUAACCAUAUGAUCAUCCUGUCAGUUUUAUUUUGAUAAACGUCAAAGAUUUUUAUAUCGGAAAUAACGUCAACAAUCCAAAAUAAUUAAGUCCAUGAAUAUUAAAAGAGUAAUUUACAUAAGUACAUAAAAUUUAUUUAAUUUAAAAAGCAAACUUAUAAAAUUUUGCACAGUUGGGAAGUUUAUACUCAUUGUUUGUAAGUUUACAAAUGAACAGAAUGUUAAAAAGAGUAUUUUCAACUUUCGGCAUUACCUAUGACAAACAAGCCCUUACGGAAAAACUAAAAAUGAAGGCCUGGCUUAUUCAUGAGUAUGGCGGUAUACAAAAUGCACAGCUCGGAGAAACGCGACUCCCUAUUAUUAGAAGCCCUACAGAUGUGUUAGUUCAAGUUCACAGUGCAUCUGUUAAUCCUAUAGAUGUAUUAAUGAUGGGUGGCUAUGGUAAUACUCUAUUGCAAAUGAUGAGGAAGGGUGAAUUGGAGCUUCCUCUAACAGUAGGUAGGGAUUUUUCAGGUACUAUUUUAGCCAAAGGACUAGGUGUAUCUGAUGAAUAUAAAAUUGGUGAUGAAGUGUAUGGUUUUGUGCCUUUAUAUAAACCUGGAACAUUUUCAGAAGCUGUUCUAACUGAUUCCUCAUAUAUCUUACCAAAACCAAAACACUUAAAUCACGUGGAGAGUGCUUCAUUAGUGUAUACAACUAUGACAGCAUGGAGUGCACUCUUUGUUUUCGGAAAUAUGAUUACAAAGCAAAAGGAAGGAUUAAGAGUGCUAAUUUUAGGUGCUUCAGGAGGGGUUGGAACUUGUGCAGUUCAGCUACUUAAAUCUCAAGGUUGUGAGGUUUUUGGUACUUGUGCAGAAGAUGCAGUGCCAUUGGUAAAAAAAUUAGGAGCAGAUUGUGUCUUCGAUUAUAAAGACAAAGAUUACGUACAAAAAGUAGCAAACGAAGGAAGGUAUCACAUAGUGUUAGAUGGUGCCAAAAUGGGUCCUCAAAACAUACCAAAAGAAUGGCAGUAUGAUACUUACAUAUCGUUAAAUUCACCAUUAUUAAAGAAUACCGACCAGUAUGGUUUACUUCCAGGAUUAGUAACGAGUAUUAAUAGUUUAAUUAGUACAAACUUGGAUCGAUGCCAACAAGGAGGUAGAGCCACGUGGGGAUUUUUCGUGCCAUCGGCUAGUGGGUUUCAGUUCAUUCAUGAACUUAUUGUAAAUAAGAAGAUACAACCAGUUAUUCAGCAUACAUUUACAUUUGAUAAACUACCAGAAGCUCUUGAAACCAUUGAGAAGGGUCAUCUAAGAGGAAAAGUGGUUAUCGAUUUUAAAAAUUAAGUUUAUUUGUGAGCCUUAGUUUAACUAACGUUUUUUGUUUUAAAAUAAGUAACUUGACUGUAUUGGCCUUAUACUAUAUUCUGUGAUACAAUGAUUUUGUUUUGUCUUAAAGUUACUAUUCCUUGAAAGUAUUGUUUGUUACGUUUAUAAAAAUAAUCGAGUUACAUAAAAAUGUAAUUAAUUCGUUUCUGUAUUUCUUAUUGUUAUAAAUAAUACAAAAAAUAAAAA